AUGAAUCGCGAGGAUGUUGAGUUUCCUACUUUUGAUGGGUUGACGUUACGUGGAUGGCUUUACCCAGGGACAAUCCGUGGGCCAGCUGUUGUCAUGAAUCAAGGGUUCAACACCCCAAAAGAGAUUUUAUUACCAGACGUUGCGGCCUGGUUUCAGCAGCAGGGAGUAACAGUAUUACUGUAUGAUAAUCGUUGUAUCGGCGCGAGUGACGGCGAACCACGCAAUGAUGUCAAACCCGCCAAGCUUGUGGAGGAUUUCCAUGAUGCUCUUACCUUCAUGGCUCGUCAUCCCAUGGUCGAUGAGGAUAAGAUCACCCUCUAUGGCUACUCCUUCAGUGCCAUGACGGCACUUGUUGCGGCAGGUCUCGACCACCGUGUUGGAGCGGUCAUAUCUGUGACGCCUAUUGCCAACUACGACUUUAGAGAAAAGGAAAAGAACAACGUCAUGGCCUUGGCUAUGCAGGAUCGUGUUUCUGCUAUCGCAGGCAAUGACCCGGUCUACAUUCCCUUUGUCGGUGACGAUGGCUACAACCCAGCUGGUUGGGGUAACCAAUACAACAUGGAGCAAUUUCGAGCCUUUCUUGGCACCUCGUUCUUCACCAACCAAACAACAGUCCAGAGCUACUACCACGUGCUGGCAUGGCAGCCGUAUGGCGCAAUGCGCCUGAUCAAAGGGACGCCGGCCAUGAUGGUUACUCCCGCCGAGGACACUAUCUCGACGCCCGCCGAUCAGAAAGCUGUAUUUGAUAUGAUCGCCGAGCCACAAAAGGAGUUCGAUCUAGUGGCUGGUAGAGGUCAUAUGGAUGUAAUUAACGGAGAGGGAGCAGAAGAAGUUCUCCAGAGGCAGCUCGAUUUUAUGAAGAAAUAUCUAGACUUCUAG